AUGAAUAAAUGUUGGUUUGUUCUUGAGCAAUCUUUCUUUGCCCCGCCUGAGUACGCCAUAGUCACCAAGGCGGGAGGCAAAGCUGAGGGUGACCUACGGCUUGGGGAUGUUGUACCCAGCCCUAGGGACCUGUAUCCCAUCUUGACCAAGGGCCCUCUUCCCCUCUUUGGCCCCGAUAUGCGCAUUUCAUCCAGCCAGUUUUGUGGCUUCUCGUGGCACAACAUAAAGGAACGAGAGGGUGGUGCAACAGUCGCAGGCGGAGCUCCAAUCGCAAAUGCGGUUGGGGCUACGGUAAAUGCGGAAGUCGAGACAGAGUUUAGACGCACUAUGGAGAACUGGGUUGACUAUGAGACGAUGGACAUAGAGAUCGUGCAGCCGUCGACUGCAUACAUCAAAGCAGUGCUGAAGAAGGAGGACGUUCAGAACCACAUCGAUCAGCAGAAGAUGCCUUUUAUAGAUCGGUGGAGCGUUUACGUGGUUACGGGGCUCAUGAUCGGCAGAGCUAGUGGAACAGUUGGUAAUUCUAUAUCAAGCUCAAAGGGCUUUGGAGGUGGUCCGGAGGUGGACAUUCCUGGCAUCGCGAAUGCAAAGGUUACUGCCUCCGUCAAUAGUAGCAAUGAGACUACCAAGUCCGUUCAAGUUCAAGGAGAUCGAAUUUGGGCGGUUCGAUUUGCUAAGGUCCAUAAGGGCCUCAUGCGAUCUAGAUGGAUGCAGACCGAGGAAACUGUUGGAGCUGCUCUUGGUUGGAAACCACAGGAUGAGGAGGAGGUUCAAGAUGUGUUGCAGCACGAGGAGAUAACAAGUUUCGAAAUCACUCAAGUCGCGACUGAGCGCCAUGGUCAAAUUAUCUUUGUCACUGGAGCAGAAGGUCAAGAGGAGCAAAGAUGA